GUACGGGCACUUUUGGCCGCGUUUGUUUAUGCCGCGAUCGCGUGUCGGAGAAGUACUGUGCCAUGAAAUUAUUGGCUAUGACCGAUGUGAUACGCUUAAAGCAAACCGAGCAUGUAAAGAAUGAGCGAAAUAUUUUACGUGAAAUUCGACAUCCAUUUGUGAUCAGUUUAGAAUGGUCCACAAAGGAUGACUGUUGUUUGUACAUGAUCUUCGAGUAUGUUUGUGGUGGUGAAUUGUUUACAUAUUUGCGAAAUGCGGGACGUUUCAAUAGUCAAACUUCCAACUUCUACGCUGCUGAAAUCGUCUCUGCCUUAGAAUAUUUGCAUUCACUGCAAAUUGUCUAUCGCGAUCUGAAACCAGAGAAUUUGCUGAUAAAUCGUGAUGGCCAUUUGAAGAUCACAGAUUUUGGCUUUGCGAAGAAAUUGCGCGAUCGCACUUGGACGCUAUGUGGCACACCCGAAUACUUGGCACCCGAAAUUAUACAAUCGAAGGGUCAUAACAAGGCGGUGGAUUGGUGGGCGUUAGGUGUACUCAUUUACGAGAUGCUCGUUGGCUAUCCGCCUUUUUACGAUGAGAAUCCAUUCGGAAUUUAUGAGAAAAUUUUAAGUGGAAAAAUUGAAUGGCCGCGUCAUAUGGAUCCGAUUGCGAAAGACUUAGUUAAGAAAUUGCUGACAAAUGAUCGCACCAAACGCUUGGGCAACAUGAAGGUGAGUGUGAGUGAAAUCAGAAUAUUCUAUAAAAAUAAUAGAAUGUUUAUGUUUAUUGCAUGCAAAUAA